AUGUCUUCCAGAGAAGCUGUCAGUGGCAGGAUGUCCUUGGCGGCCAUCGUCUACCACCAGUACAGCACCCUCCCCCUCGCCGUCAGCCGGUCUACCUGCGCAGGGAAGACGUAUAUCGUGACGGGCGCCAACAUCGGCCUCGGGUACGAGUGCGCCAAGCACCUCAUCACCUUCCGAUCCGAGCGAGUCAUCCUGGCCGUCCGGUCCAAGGAGAGGGGCGACGAGGCCCUCGCGUCCAUCGAGGAGGCCACGGGCGUCCGCGGCAUAGGGCAGGUGUGGAUCGUGGACCUGUUGUCGUACGCGUCCGUCGUGGACUUUUGCGCCCGCGUCGAGAGGGAGCUUCCCCGCGUCGACGGGCUGAUAGAGAACGCCGCCACCGCCUUGGCAGACUGGAGGCUGUUUGAAGGCAUGGAGAGCACCCUGACGACCAAUGUUGUGUCGACUUUCCUGAUGGCCGUCCUGCUGCUGCCGCAUCUCAAGGCUUGCGCCGCUAGGUACGGUACCAAGCCCGUCAUUGGCAUCGUCAGCAGCGGCCUGGCUUUUACUCGGGAGGCCGACGUCGUCAAGGUCGACAGGAGCCGCAUCUUUGAUGAUCUCAACGACCCCAAGCGGUGGUCUAUGAACGGGACAGAAAGAUACUCCCUAUCCAAACUUCUCGAAGUUGUGGUCGUCCGCGAACUGGCAUCUCUUCUCCCCGUUGAUGAGAACGGUGUCAUCAUCAAUCUGAUCAACCCAGGCCUCUGCUCGACGGGACUUUUGCGUCACACCGACGCCAAGAACAAGAUCAUGGUUGGGCUCUUGAGGAUCAUUAUAGGACGGAGUGCCGAAUGGGGUAGCCGGAACCUGCUGCACAGUCUGGAGGCCGGUGAGGUGUCGCACGGCAAGUACCUGUCCUACUGCGAGAUUCGAGAGGAUCAUGUCCCUGAGUGGGUAUCCAACGACGACGGCCGGAAGUUUGGUCGAAAGCUUUGGGCUGAGCUGUCGGCCAUAUUGGAUCGGGCUAAGCCUGGUUGUGUUGAUCGGGCGCUGACUUGA